AUGGCGUUGAGUCUUGAUUACGUGACACUUGAUGUCUUUACAUCCAACGUCUUCGGUGGGAAUCCAUUGGCCGUUGUUUUUCUUCCGGAUCAUUCCUCAGAACCCGUCACCCGAGACCAGAUGCAGGCUAUUGCUCGUGAAUUCAAUUAUUCAGAGACUAUUUUUGUCUAUCCUGUUUCUUUGAUGGCUCCUACAAAGCGAAGAAUCGAUAUUUUUAUGACAACGAAGGAACUUCCGUUCGCAGGUCAUCCGACCAUUGGUGCCGCCUCAUGGCUUCUUCGUUUAUCGCCAUGUCGGGAAGAUCAGUCUGAAUUUGAAGCCCUUACGACUAAGGCUGGCGCAAUUUCCUCUGUCAGAGCUUCUACGACUACAUCCUACCUCGGUCCGUUCCUACAAUCUAACGACUCCGGAAAUAUCGGCUUUCCUGUUUUCUCUGUCGUCAGGGGUAUGACAGUGAUUCUUGUUGAGCUUCCGAGUACCAACGCUUUGGCUGCCGUAGACAUGCCCAUCGGCGGUGAAAUGAUAAAACUUUCUUCUGCUCUGAAUGGGGGCUAUCUCGAUGCUGGCUGGGAUGGCGAGGGGCUCAUCAACCUUUACUUCUAUGUUCGUGAUGUGCCUGACGGUGGAAGGACAGUUCUUCGUACGCGUAUGCUUCUGGGAAAUUUUGAAGAUCCGGCCACUGGUAGCUCUGCCACUGGCUUAGCAGCAUACCUCUCCUUGGUCAGCCAACAGCCUGAAGACAAAAUCGUGUUUGACUAUGACAUUGUGCAAGGAAUUGAAAUGGGACGCAGGAGCGAUAUUGGCGUUCAUAUUGUGCUUUGCGAUGACAAAAAGGGGAUAGAGAAAGUGAAACUCAUCGGGAGCGCCGUCCAAGUAUCCUCAGGUCAAAUUCGAUUGAACUGA